ACAUGCAUUUUUUAUAAUUCUAUGGUGGCAGUGGGCUAAUGGGCCCGGGUUUAAACUUGAGCAUGUGCGCGCAUAUACGUUAUGUAACCCCAAAGGCGCGAGUACAUGCUGCUUAGGGUUGAAAUGGCAAACACAGCGUUCUGCAUCCGCGUGUUAAACCAGCUAAAUUAAGCCGCUCUGGAUAGAUUACCACACUCACCCAAGUUCGUUCGUUCAUUCUCUCUUCCUAUCAUAGUAACUGGAAUAUUGCAUGCAAGAGAAAAUCCUCAUUCAUCUAUAGACAUUUGGAAAACACCUUCAUCCAUCCGUCGUCAUGUCUAUCUGUGGACUCUUUCUUCUUCCUUUCUUUUGAAGUUGAUCUUUGAGUUUGGGAAUAUUUUCUUCGAUUUGGAGACGAUAUAGAGAGCAGAAGAUUUUAAUGGCGGCAAGGGCUUCCAGCAAAUUUCUGAGGGAAAAAUUCUGUGGAAAUCUGAAAUCCGGUGCUCUGCGAGGCCUCAGGCGCUCCUCUACUGCUAGUUCUGCCCCUGAUGCUGCUCCCAAGAUUCCUCACUUUUCGAAGAAAGGAAGGUUGUUUACAGGAGCCACCUUAGGCCUAGUUAUAGCUGGAGGAGCUUAUGCAAGCACUGUGGAUGAAGCAACAUUCUGUGGCUGGCUAUUCUCAGCAACGAAAGUUGUGAAUCCCUUGUUUGCUCUUCUUGAUGCAGAGGUUGCUCACAGACUAGCUGUCUCUGCUGCAGCUCGCAGUUGGGUACCAAGGGAAAAGAGGCCUGAUCCAUCAAUAUUAGGAUUGGAAGUUUGGGGAAGGAAGUUUUCCAAUCCAAUUGGUCUUGCUGCUGGUUUUGAUAAAAAUGCUGAGGCUGUUGAAGGUUUACUAGGUUUAGGUUUUGGCUUUGUAGAAGUUGGCUCUGUAACCCCGGUACCUCAGGGGGGUAAUCCAAAGCCUCGUAUCUUCAGAUUACGGAACGAACGUGCCAUUAUCAACCGAUGUGGCUUUAAUAGUGAGGGAAUUGUUGCUGUUGCAAAGCGCUUGGGUGCACAGCAUGGUAAAAGGAAAUUAGAUGAUACUUUGGUAACUUCAUCGUCAUCCAAUGAUGAUUCUAAACAUGGUGGGAAAGCUGGUCCUGGCAUUCUUGGGGUUAACCUUGGAAAAAAUAAGUCAAGUGAGGAUGCUGCUGGAGACUAUGUGCAAGGGGUCCAUACCUUAUCCCAGUACGCUGAUUACUUGGUAAUUAAUAUUUCUUCACCUAAUACCCCUGGACUGCGUAUGCUUCAGGGAAGGAAACAAUUAAAGGACCUUGUUAAGAAGGUUCAAGCUGCUCGUGAUGAAAUGCAAUGGGGUGAGGAGGGUCCGCCUCCUUUGCUUGUGAAAAUUGCUCCGGACUUGUCCAAACAAGACCUUGAAGAUAUUGCAGCAGUUGCUGUUGCUCUCCGCUUGGAUGGAUUGAUCAUAUCAAAUACAACAAUUUCAAGACCAGAUCCUGUAAGCAAAAAUCGGGUAGCUGAAGAGACCGGUGGCUUAAGUGGAAAGCCUCUCUUUGAUCUUUCAACCAGUAUUUUGAAGGAGAUGUAUAUUCUGACAAGGGGAAAGAUUCCUUUAAUUGGCUGUGGGGGUGUUAGCAGUGGUGAGGAUGCAUAUAAGAAGAUACGAGCUGGGGCAACACUUGUUCAGAUUUAUACAGCAUUUGCCUAUGGUGGACCUGCCCUUAUUCCACAGAUCAAGGUUGAACUGGCUGAAUGCUUAGAGAAGGAUGGUUUUAAGUCUAUUUAUGAAGCAGUUGGUGCAGAUUGCAGAUAAUUUUAUUCCAAUGAUACAAGCUAUCCAAGCAUGAGAUCCUGGACCAGCAUCUUUGUGCCUGAAACCAUAAAACACGAGAAAGAUUUCGAAGGAUGCAUAGAAUAAAGGCUUGUGUCCAUUUAUGCUGCUUCAAGUAUUCUAGCCGAGGUCACUUUUUUUUUUUUCCAUCUUUUUCCCUUUCAGCAUUCUUACCUCAGGGCCAAUUUAUUUCUAUUUUCAAAAUUUACGCCUCUAUCUUUUUCCAUUUUUCCUGGUGGAGGUGGGUGUUUAUUGACGUGUACAGUGUUUGAAAGGAGGGAUUUUGGGGGCUUGUGAUACAUUGAAACUGGUUUUUUGAUUUUUGCUGGUGUCCUCGAAUGCUUUUCCUGGUUAUAAAAGAUCAAUCCAAAUGUAUUGAUUUUCUGCCCCCACUGGAAACAGUUUAAAUAAA